AACAGAACAAAAACUCUCUUCUUGAUUCUCACAAUCUCAUCCUCUCUUGUAAUCUUCUUCGCAAUCCUCUACUUCAUCUACCACCUCUGGACAUCUCUUCUCAACCGCUCUAGAACCAUCCCUUUCGACGUUGCUGCGUCGCCACUAAAGCUCCAGCUCUUCUCUUACAAGGAGCUCAAGCUAGCGACAAACGAUUUCGACGAAUCCAAUGUGAUUGGUAAAGGCGGCUCUGGUACUGUGUUCAGAGGCAUUACUAGAGACGGCAAGCUUUUCGCGGUUAAGAGACUCGACAGCCUCUCUCUUCAAACAGAGACCGAGUUUCAGAACGAGUUACAGAUUCUUGGCGGGUUAAAGUCGUCUUUUUUAGUUACCCUUUUAGGAUAUUGCGUCGAGAAGAAUCACAGGUUCUUGAUUUACGAGUAUAUGCCAAACAAGAGCCUUCAAGAGCUUCUGUUCAACGAGGAU